CUCGCGAGGGGUUGAAACCGUGGUGGAAAUACGGUGAAUCGGUGACGAAUCUCUCGCUCGCUGACGCUGCAUGUCCUUUAAUGGCAGAAAUCGCUUUUCGAUUUCAACGAAUCGCAAAAAUCAUCGCCCGCAGACGCUGCCACAAAAAUUCGUACGCCGAUCCCAAUUUCCUUUCGGGCCACCGGGCCGGCUGUCAAAAGAUUGACGUGUCAAUACGCGUACCCGGAUCAAUAUGGGCAUAUAGAUAUACCUGCCCUUCGUACAUCCCCCCCAACCCUUUUCGAUCCAGAAUCAUGACUCGUGCGCGUUUCCCUGGAUCGGGGAGAUUCCCCGACCGAAUAAAAACGAAGGCUGCGGAGGAUGCGAAAUGUUUUGAAAAAGAUCGAUUUCGGUGUAUCGACACUCGUAUCCUUUUACUUUGUUCCUUUACUCUCUCUCUGGAAGGACCAUCGAGUUCUUUGGAUUUUUUAUGCGAUCGAAAAAAGUUCGGGGUAUAAACUGUAAUGCAUGUAAUUGCAGACGCGAUAAGUUUAUGGGACGAGAGUUGGAAGACGCAGCUGAAGACGAAAAAAGAGAAAAGGAAGAAGUAGAAAAAAGGAGAAGAUUAUAAUAUUCAUGGGUACCUAAAGGGUUGUAUUCCAAGUGCCGGUAAAAGGCAUGGGCGAGAAGGAAAGGUGGAGGAUUCAGUUUAGGGUAAAGGGUUGAACUUUUUCCGAUUUAGGGAUUUUCGAACGGGUCGGGUUUUUUUCGCCUCCUGCAGUCGGAUGACUGUUGAAAAAGGGUUGAAUUAUAGCGUUUAUUGUUAUCCUCCCUAGAAUUACACCUUAUGCACGGUAUUUCUCGUGUAUAGCACUGCUAAAGAUAGGGAACCGUUAUUCCAAUACGAUGUAUAAUAAACCGAACGAAAGAACACGGAAAAGUGAGGAUUGAAAAUAAGUUCGAACGUUUGUCAAAAAUCUUGAUUUUUUGCUUCUAAACUUUUCAAAUUACCUCGGGAUGUAGCGGUCGAUUAUUCGUUCGAAUAUACGUAUCUUGAAUCAUCCGCAGAUCUGCAGCACUCGGUCAAAAAAAAAUUACUCCUCCCGAAGAGAUCGCAAUCGAAAAAUAAUCGAGUACGUCAAUUGUGCGAAUUCUAGUUUUGGAUAAUAAAAAAUAAUUAAAUAGCAAAUCGAACAAGUAAGAAAUUAAACAAAAUGGCAUGAGAUGAAUUUAAUUGAAAUUUCAAAAAUUGAAACGAUCUUCGAAGAACUGCGGAUGCAAGUCGAAACGUUUUUUUUACAGUUUCCGCAGAGAAGCCAUUUAAAUUUUGUAGGACGAAUGGACGUUAUGUUACACAGUUCGAGGUACAGUAUCUAUGUAAAUAUAGCGUACAUAGAUACAGUAGGUUCCUUAGGUAAGUUUAGUGCCUAGGUAAAAUAAAUACAUAGAGAAAAGGAGUGUCGAGUCCCUUUUAUCCUCCCACUACUUCUAUUUUCGCUUUCUUUCUCUUUUUCUCUCCCCUUUUCUCUUCCCGUUUCUUCGUGUUUCAGGGGUCACCCCAAUCACUGGAACGACAGCGUGUUUGGGGUAGUGGGGAGUUGCCAGUUGCCAAAAACAUCUAUGAAUAUACUGUCAAUCGUCGGGCAGCGAUUGGGCAGUUUUUGAAGCAGGGAGAGGGUGAGAAUGGCGAGGAGGUAUUGCCCCUAGUCUCCUGAAUAUCCACAAAUAAAUCGGUAUUCCUAUUCAGGACUUGGGCCAGUGACAAUCGCGGAACUCGAUCGUCAUCGUUGACGACGGCCUGAUAGCCGCGCAAGUUUUUUUUAUUUUUUUCAAUCUUCUUCGUUUCGUUGUUCAAUUUUCUCGUUUUCGUUUGCUGCUUUCCAAUUUUAGUUGCACAUUUUUCGCCUUCUUGUCGCAUAUGAUCAAGAACGAUGUACGGUGUGUUAAUAAUUCUUGAUUUUAUCAACGACGAUUAAGUUCAAGUUUAAGUUCGGUGUGAAGUGAAAGAAACAAUGACGACAACGACGAUGUAAAUACUCUACAUCGAUUAAAAGUGGAUAAAAUCGAUCACAAGAAGAGAUCGUACGUAUCGGAGGAAUCACUUUUAUCAUUAUUCGACAACGAUCAAAAAUUCAAAAUCACACAUCAACGACCUGAUAAAGAGAGUUUUAUACCUACAAGAUGCGAGGUAACUGGAGCACGGGUGAUCCAGUCGGAGGUUCGACAGGGCAGGAGAUAAACAGCGAACCCCGAGAUCUCCCCCUUCAUUCUCCGGCCACGCCCGCUUGGAAUAUCGCAGAUAGAAUUGUGAAGGAGGAACCGACGGAGGACAAAAACAAUGACUCCGGUGUGUCACCGGGUCACUACACGAGCAAUUCCGCAUCCCCGAGAAGUCGUCGUUCCUCUUCAACGGCGAACGGAAGUUUGUCGCCGGGUAGCGCGACCUCGCAGGACUCGAGCGCCAUGCAAUACGAUUACAGUCCGCAGAGGUUGUUCAAGUCCUGUAUAUCCCCGUUGGAUUUUACCCAUGGAAAUCACGACAGAGUUCACUCGCCGAAAAUGUCAAACGCGACAAGUGCAGGCUGCCCGUACAAUCCAAACGACAUGGAAAUUCAAACAAACAGGAACGUCAUUCAGAGCGAACAACCAUUGGAUAUGGUCUCCAGCACCAUGAAACCCGACAACGAACGGGACGUGGAGAUUUUACAGUGCCCCAUAUGCCCAUUCAGCACCAGUCAUAGGCUUCAGUUCAACGAGCACCUGACACAACACUGUUCUCCAAAAUGCGACGUACCGGAUUACGCAACGUCCUCCUACACGCAAUUGAGUUCCUUGUCGGAAGACGGUGCCCGGGGUUCUCCGAGUCAAGGUGACCGUUCGGAGCACGAAUUUGACGAAACCGACGAACCGGGUCUUCGAGUGCCCAGAGUCAACUGUCAGGGGAAAGUGAAAACCUUCAGAUGCAAACAGUGCAACUUCGUAGCGAUCACAAAACUCGAAUUCUGGGAGCACAGCAGAGGUCACAUAAAAGCAGAGAAGUUGUUGACAUGCCCAAAGUGUCCGUUCGUGACGGAGUACAAACACCACUUGGAGUAUCACCUCAGAAAUCAUUUCGGUUCGAAACCGUUCAAGUGCGACAAGUGUCCUUAUUCGUGCGUUAACAAAUCGAUGCUCAACAGUCACCUGAAAUCGCACUCGAACGUUUAUCAGUACAGGUGCGCCGAGUGUUCCUACGCCACCAAGUAUUGUCACUCUUUGAAAUUGCACCUGAGGAAAUACGGACACAAACCAGCCAUGGUUCUCAAUCCGGACGGCUCUCCCAACCCGCUUCCGAUCAUCGACAUAUACGGAACCAGAAGAGGGCCCAAGCAAAAGUCCUCCAAGACGAUCGAUGACGUUUCGGUGACUCCAAUCGGAAACCCUGUAACGUCACCGUCGACUGGAAAAAUGCCGAUGAUUCAAUCGGUUCCGAUUCCCGGUCUAGGGAACAUGCCGUUCGUCGGUGACCAGAUGAACCAUCCCGGUAUCGGAGUGCCUUUUCCGUACAGUCAGAUAUUCAAUGGCGUCAAUUUGCCAGCGCAUUUUCUCCAGCACUUUCAUCACGACAAUAACAACGACAAUCUGAAACAUCAUCAGGAAGUCCUACAAAAUUCUUUGGUCUACGACGGAUUCAAAAUGGACGACUACGCGUCGAAAGAAUCGAAGAGAUUAUCUCCCAUGGUAUUCGGAAUGAACUCGGAUCCUCAGACUCCGGAAACGACGGGUCCAGUUUCACCUUCCGACACGAGGACGUCGUCAUCCAUGGACAAUCAAGAGUCAAAGUUACAAUUGCAGGAUCAGGAAAUCGGUACGGGUCUGGCGAGUCCUUUGGACCUGAGCAAACAGGAAGUGAAUCAAAAUUCAAAAACGAAUUCUCCCAAAAGCGGGGGGACGAGUCGACGCAAAGGACGAGCUUUUAAAUUGGACAAACUAAUGAUCGCUCAGGACUCGGAGGACGAAGGUAGUGCCGGUAUAAACGCGACAAACGAGUCAACGGAAACUACGAUACCCUCGAUGGACCUCGCUGACGAUACCGUCAAAGACGAUCAGCUGCUGAAUUCAACGCUCGCAGUUUCCGACUACAGUUGUCAUUAUUGCGACAUAGCUUUCGGAAACGUUGUGAUGUACACCAUGCACAUGGGAUACCAUGGAUACAAGAGUCCUUACACGUGUAACAUGUGUGGACAGGAGUGCCAUGACAAAGUCUCGUUUUUCUUGCACAUCGCUAGGUCCUCGCACUCAUGAAAAUAUGGUAUGGCCGGUUGAUUAAUUAUUUCUUUCGUCAUAUCUUCCUUAUGAUGAUUUCACUUUUUGCUUCUUUGAACUAGAGAAUACAGAAAAUUGGAAUACCUAAUAAAGGAAGCACAAAUUCACACGUCGUUUUAAUUGACAUAAAUAUUAGUGACCAACAAAUUAGUUAGGGGCUACACAAAUUCAAAACGAUGUAAAUUUAAUGCCGUCUUUGAAUUAUCUUCGGCAGAGACGAAGACGUCUACAAAAAAUGAUUUAGUAAUACUCGAAUCAUUGCGAUGCCUAAAAUUCGUUACGAAUAUAGCCGUGAGUAAAAUUAUCCAUUUCCAGGUUGCGAAAUGGUAGACUAGAAUAAGGAGAAAGAAGUUGAAAAAAUUUGAAUAUAUUUCUCAGUUUGAAAACUUUCUUAAAGACUUCUGAUUCCGACGAAUAUCUAGAAGUCUGAACGACGUUUUGAAUAUUUCUGAACCCUUGAGAGAAUCGAGGACCUCGAGGAGCGGUCUAAAAAUAUUUUGCAGUCCGGGAUAUCUCCGAUAUUCGGAUCUUAUUUCGCGCAUUAUUGUCGUUCGAAGAUGGGAUUCGUUGUUUGAUUAAGACUGCGCGAGUUGUAUACUGAAUGUGGGUGGAAAAACAAAUCAAAAUUAAAAAUAACAAAGUCUGGACUUCCUGUAUCAAAGUUAUGAACUGAGGAAUCUCAUGCGAUCUAGUCAAAAAAUUAAAACAAAAAGAAUUAAUAUUAAAAAAAAAAUUCAAGACGCCUUGCGAAGGCGGCAAGCUUAAUUUGCUUGGGGUGCAAUUAUCCAAAUAUCAUUAUCGAAAUUAUAAUUAAACAAAUAAAAAAAAUUAUAUUAUCUUUUUCUUUUUUUCAUUUACUUAUAAUAUUACUAUAAUAUCUACGCAAUUUUCGAUGAUAUUAAAAUAUAAAUUAUUUCGACCGAGUGAACAAAAUAAAAAAAUUCAGCAGAUUCGAAUGACAAUUUCGAAAUCAUCAUCGUUAAUUGGCAACAAAAAAAAGGAAAAAAAAAAGAUAAUUGGAGAGAGGAAAUUGGCAAAAAGAUUCCAAUUUACACAUAAAAACGAUACAAGCGUACAAAUGUUCGCGAAACGACUGAGUUGAAGAGUCAACGAACCAAAUCAAAAUUAAAAUUGAUUAGUAUUUUUUAUACAUUAUUACUAGCAUAAUUAUAUAUUAGUAUUAUGCAUUGAUAGUAGAAAGCCCUACAUCUAAUUAUGAAUGUAUUAAUAUGAAAUAAAUUUUCCAGAAUCAAAAAUGUAACUGGAUAUUUAUUGUUCAGAUCAUUGUAAGUUUUUCAUCUAUGAAGAUAAUCGAAAAAAAAAUGUAACAAAUGAAACCAAACCGAGCCAAUGUAAACGUUACAGUAUAUGUAAUAAUAAUAUCGACCGAUUUCGCAUAAAUCUCAAUUUUUUUAAGAACAAAGGUAUAUCUGAUCGUGAUAAUCAUUAUUACUGAUAAUCGAUGCGGUCUUUUUUAUAGAUGAACUUUUUUUUCUAGUUUUCAUUUUCGUCUUCGGCUUAUCUUUCAAUGAGAAAUGUCCGAUAUUAUUAUUGUAUUACAUGUAAUAAGUUACUAGUUGUAAAUGAAGACUGAAGAAAUAAGAAUAAUUAUUUUCAUUUUUAAACAGGCCAUAUUAUUGAUUUUUUUUCUUUUGAAUUUCUUUUCUUCAAAGUACGCAAUAGUUGCAGAAAAUUCUAAUUUUGUUCUUGAGUGACAAAUAACCAUUUUCCAAUGAGUAUUAUUACUGUUACUAUUAUUAUUAAUAUUAUAAUUUCUCAUA